CUCUGUGGAGGGUUACUGACUGAUGUAAAUGGACAUGUGUUGGAGGAACUACUUGAUGAGAAAAGUAUUGUGAGACUUCAUGAUAUCCGGGGAACCGGAGGGUGGAAGAUUCAGUAGGAAAUGGAUUGAGGAGAGCAGAGAGGGGUCAGUUUCAGGAGUUGAGUGAACAAGAGCUGUCUCAGGUUGAUCUCAAUUCAGAUAUAGAAACAGUCAAUGAUGAAGUAAAUGGAGCAAUAGUAGGGGCCGCAGGGCAGGAUAUUCCUAUGGGUACAGGGGGGACAAAGAGUAACGCAGUCCCCUGGUUGAGUGUGGAGAAGUUGUGAAUAGCAGGAACAGGGCAUUCAGAAUGUUGAAAAGGUCCCAUAAUUACCAGCACCUGAUUCAGUAUAAACAAGCACAAUCAGUAGUAAGGAGGAUCGUUAGGACAGCUAAGAGGGAGUGUUGGUGCCGGUUCUGUGGUAACAUAAAAAGGACCACUCCUGUGGGAGAGGUAUGGUAGGUGAUAAAGAGGAUGAGUGGGGUCAGACGAGAUUGGGAUCUCCCUGUGCUGGAUCGUAUAAUUCCCCUGGGCUAAAAAAAAUCUAAAUGUUAUCUAUGCCCAAGCCCUAAGAAUAUGUUGUGGAGCAAUCAGGAGCUCCCCGGUGGCAGCGAUGCAGGUAGAGUUGGUAGAGAUGCCAUUAGAAGACAACAGCUAACCAUGAUAUAAUGGGUAAAUCUAAAAGGACAUAAGGUUGCACAUCCUACAAAAAAGGUACUCCUAGAGAGCUGGAAACACGAAUGAAAUCUGAAUACAAGUUUUGGGUAGAUAGGCAAUGGCAUGGCGAGGGAGAUGGGGUUAUUUGGGAGGGAGUUUCGACUCUCUGUUGUUCUUCCUGCUAUCCCACCUUGGUUGCUCCCUCAGCCAGUGAUAGAUCUAGGGUUGCCUGAGCAGGUAAGAGCUGUUGAGGAAGGAGUAGUUGUAUUCACAAAUAGAUCAGGGGAGGACAGGUGGGGAGGACAGGUGCAGUUUGACCUUAUGUCUUUGGUCCACACUCCAAUCCAGUUGGUGGCGGUAAUGCACAUUAAAGUUGGUUGCCAAUCGCGAUCAAACAUCCAUAGAAGAAGUCACGUGUGAUUGUUUCUGCAGGAAAUCGACAGUCAGUCGGUCUUUCGACUGGAAAUGAAUUACCAGCUACAUUUUCACACAUUGAAUAAGUGUCUCAUUAUGUCUACUUUUUGAACUAAUAAAGAAUAUUUAAAAUAAGCAAAGCAAACGUUAGCCAACUUGCCAGGGAAACGCCCUGUCAGUAACGUUAACGUUAGAUAGGCGUGCUAGCUAUAGCUAGCUAACCGGUUUGGACCACAGAAAUAUUUACAUGGUUUGACAUACUGUACACCGAUAAAAUGGAGCUGUUUCAAGCCAAAGACCAUUAUAUUCUCCAGAGUGGCGACCAUGCUCUUUGGUGUAGCCGAAUAGAUGGGACCAUGAACGCCAGACCUGCAACAGACCUUCUUUUAGCUUGGAACCCAGUGUGCUUGGGCCUGGUUGAGGGUCUCAUCGGGAAAAUACAACUUCAUACAGAUCUUCCUCUGGGUCUCAUACUGAUCCGCCAAAAAGCGCUGGUUGGCCAGAUGCCAGGUGACCACAAAGUCUACAAGAUCACCAAGAUAGCUGUCAUUCCUCUGUCUGAGGAAGAGCCACUGGAUCUGGAGCUGGAGCUUUGUAAGAAGCAUCACUUUGGGAUCGACAAGCCUGAGAAACUUGCACCGUCUCCAGAUGAGUCGAAGUACCUGAUGAAAACUCUGAGUCAGAUCAAGUCCAAUGUUGGGGCUCCCACUAAGAAAAAGGUCAAGGAAAACAAAGAGAAGGAACGUCUCGAGAGGCGGCUGCUCGACGAGCUGUACAAGAUAUUCAUGGACUCCGAUUCCUUCUACUACAGCAUGACUUAUGACCUCACCAACACUGUGCAGCGGCAGGGAGACACAGAAAAGUCCAACUUACCCCAAUGGAAACAGGUGGAUGACAGAUUCUUCUGGAACAAACACAUGGUCCAGGAGCUAAUUGAUCUGCAGGUUCCAGAGGUGGACUUCUGGGUGACACCCAUCAUUCAGGGCUUUGUGCAGGUGCAGGAGCUGGUAGUGAAUUACAACGAGAGCCCAGAGGAGGAGAAGAGCAGCCCCGAUACGCCGCUCCAGGAGCUCACCUGCGUGGACGACAUCCACCCGCGCUUCACCGUGGCCCUCAUCUCCCGCCGCAGUCGCCACCGUGCAGGGAUGCGGUACAAACGCAGAGGGGUAGACACAGAUGGACAUGUGGCUAACUUUGUGGAGACAGAGCAGCUGAUACACGUGCACAACCACUCACUGUCCUUUGUGCAGAGCCGCGGUUCGGUGCCUGUCUUCUGGAGCCAAGCAGGCUACCGCUACAACCCCAGGCCUCGGCUGGAGAAAGGAGAAAAGGAGACCAUUCCUUACUUUGCGGCUCACUUUGACGAGCAGCUCAACCUUUACAAGAAGCAGGUCAUCAUAAACUUAGUGGACCAAAGUGGGCGUGAGAAGAUUAUUGGCGACGCAUAUCUCAAACAAGUCCUUCUGUACAACAAUCCUAACCUUACAUAUGUCUCUUUUGACUUCCAUGAGCACUGUCGAGGUAUGAAGUUUGAAAAUGUGCAAACGCUGACAGAUGCCAUCUCUGAUAUUAUCGCAGACAUGAGAUGGGGCUGGGUGGACCAGGCAGGAGUCAUCUGCCAUCAGGAGGGCAUUUUCCGGGUCAACUGCAUGGACUGUCUGGACAGGACCAAUGUAGUCCAGGCUGCCAUAGCUCGUGCAGUAAUGGAGGCACAGCUGAAGAAACUAGGUGUGAUGCCCCCUGAGCAGCCUCUGCCGCUCAAGUGCUACAGGAUCUACCAGGUCAUGUGGGCCAACAACGGCGACACGAUCAGCAGACAGUACGCCGGCACAGCCGCCCUCAAGGGAGACUUCACCAGAACGGGGGAGAGAAAACUGGCCGGGGUGAUGAAAGAUGGCGUGAACUCAGCCAACCGCUACUAUCUGAACCGCUUCAGGGACGCAUACAGACAAGCAGUCAUUGACCUGAUGAUGGGCCAUCCUGUGACAGAGGACCUGUACUCCAUUUUCAGUAAGGAGAAGGAGCAUGAGGAGAAGGAGCAGGAGAGCCAGAGAGUAACCCAGGAGCAGGUCAGCCUCCUGCUACAGACUUACAUGCAGCUACUGCUGCCCGACGACGAGAAGUUCCAUGGUGGCUGGGCCCUCAUCGACUGUGACAUGAGUCUUAUUGACGCAACCAGCAAAGACGUGGAUGUUCUCCUGCUGUUAUCCAACAGUGCAUAUUACAUUGCAUACUAUGAUGAGGAAGCUGACAAAGUCAAUCAGUACCAGCGCCUCAACUUGGAGGGUUUGGAAAAGAUUGAAAUAGGCCCAGAACCUACUCUGUUCGGGAAGCCCAAAUUCUGCUGUAUGCGUCUACACUACAAGAAUGAGGAGACAAGUGGGUAUUUUCACACACUGAGGGCUGUCACAAGGAAUCCUGAGGAUGACGGUAAAGACACGUUACAGUGCAUAGCUGAGAUGCUUUGCAUAACAAAGCAAGCCAUGGGACUUGACAUGCAGGUGAUUGAAAAGAAACUGGAGAGAAGGCACAGUAAACCUCACGAAGACAUCAUGGGCAGACACCCUGACCAGGUCCUUGGCAGCUCUGGUCUGGCUCAGGGAAAGAGCUUCCUCCUCAACAAGUUCUCCUCUCUCAACCAGAGGGUGAAGAAGUCCAAUGUCAACAUGGGCUCCUUCAAGGGGAGGCUGGGCAACACCUUCUCCACUAAGCCCGACGUGAACUUCCUGAAGCCCACCAUUGGGAUCACCCUCUGGAAGUCUGACAGCAGCUUGGAGACCUCCGAGGGGGCAAACACCGGCCCGGCUCUGAAGGACCUCUGUGACAACCACUCAGAGAUGUCGUCCGACUCAGAUUCGUACAACUCGGAUGAACACCUGCGCGCCGGCUCCUUGGAAAAUGUGGACUAUGUGCUGCCCAGCUGCGGCAUCGUGGCAUCAGCUCCUCGGCUAGGCAGCGUGGAGCUUAACAUCAGAGUCACUGGCUGUGACAGUAAACAGGGGGCUCCGGCUCUAGCCGGUCCUGAAGACCAGUCUCCCGACGCUACCUCAGAGGGUGAGGAGGCCAUCCUGAUAGACUUUGGAACGCCCAUUGAUGCCUAUUGCCACCAAUUCAUCCAAGAUGCGCAGACCAAACCUGUGGAGGUAUUCGGGGAGCAGAUGACUGGUGGCGUCCCAACACAGAACCCACAUGUCCCUUCACAUGCUAAAGGUCCCCUGGCCCCAGACGACCACCCAGGUUCAGAUCAGAAGAUGCAGGCGAAAGAGCUCCAGCUCCCUUCCAGGCCAUCCCAGCUAGAUGUUACCUCCAGACCCAAUCUCCUGACUGCCCAGAAGCUCAGCUCGGCAGCUUCUGGCAGCUCCCAGAGGAGCCUGGGCUCUCACAUGGAGGGCAGCCUGGGCCCCUUGCCCGCCGACGGCAACAGCAGCCGAGUGGUCUCCCCCUUUGCCAAGAUCAAGAGCUCAAUGGUGCAGGUGGCCAGCCUGACCCAGGCCGGACUUACCCAAGGCAUCAACUUUGCCGUGGCAAAGGUGCAGAAAAGCCCAGAGCCAGAAAUGGGCGGUCUCAAUGAGACACAAGAGAAAGAGCUGAAGGCAAUGUUUACACAGUGCCAGACGAGGAUCAUACAGAUCUAGCACUUCUAAAGUUGUAGCCUCUAAGCAGGUUUUUGUACAGUUAGUAGUAUAGUAUGUAACUUCCAGUACUUCCAGUAGCUAGCAGUAGCAUAAGCUUGCACAAGAAGGGACCCACACUGACUUGACUAAGAACCCUGCUCUUCAAUUCCCCUUGUAGUUGACCUGACCAUGUUUACAGCCAGUGUUGUAUAGUAUAUAAUACCCCAGCUCAAUACACGGCGUACUUAAUCCUAAUGCAAUUUCUUUCCGACUACCGCAAAGCAUUAUAUUCUGCCAAUAUGAACUAAUUGAACUAACAAUAGCCUAAAGAAAAUGAUUGAAUGAAAAGCAGCAAACAGACAACAUUCUUUAAUUAGACUCAAACAGAAAAAGGCAAUAGCUACACCUCGUUUCAAUUUCCCACCCAAAUACAGGGAAACUCUACAUAUUUCAAUGUAUUGAGUGCGCAAGUGGGUCUGUACUCUGUACUGUACUCACCUUCGUUGACGUGUUUUGCUCGACAAAGACUGAAGCAUUCCUUUCAGUUGAUUUUCCAGCUACAUUUGCAUGUCAGGCUAUUGUUGAUAACUGAAUUAGAUAAGGUAGGCAAUAUCCAGUGCAUGUUGAGAGAUGAGCUCUGAAUGGAUUUACUUUUGUGAUUCCAUUGGCACCUAUUGGCGUUUGUGAUAUAGGCCUAGUUCAUAGCUCUGUUUCAAAAACAUUAGUAGAAGUAUCUGACCAAAUGUCCCUAUUGAUUUUCAAAGGGCAGCUCAAUGUUAGAUAUUAGACCUACCCUAGGCUAGUAAGAAAACAAACAUACAACUCCUAGAUAAAUGGGGAUCAGUAGCUUGGUUUCCAUCAAAUUGGUGACAGAUUUUCAUGCGAAUAUUAAAAAAUCUGCAUUAAAAACAAUAUUCUCAUUUUCCCAUCAGAGAUGUUUCCAUCAAAUUGACUUGUUGUGGAUAAAAAGCUGUGCAUGAUAACGUAGUGCACAUAAAAAUUACUUUUGCGGUUACAUUCCUGUUCCGAAAAAAAAACUAAACUAAAUUGGUUUCCAUCGCAUUUAACUCUGUUUUGUCACAAAACAAAUUGUUAUACAGUGGGGUCAGAAAUUAUUGACAACUUUAAUAAAGAUGAGCAAUGACUGAAAUAAUUAAAAUACUGAGCUAUAUUGUAUGCUCAAAUUUUUUGGGGAAAUGAUAUUAAUACAAUUACUCAGAAAAUAGAUUCUUUAAACAAGUAAUAUAAAAAGAUCUAAAGAAGGUGGGGUUCAAAAUUGACUCCACUAAAGAUUCUUGUAAAUAAAGUAGUCAAGUUUAGUAUUUGGUCCUAUAUUAUUAAUGGUAAAUAAUGUAUUGUGUUAUUUUGGAGUCACUUUUGUAAAUAAGAAUAGAAUACGUUUCUAAACACCACUUGAUACCAUGAUUACAGCUAAUCCUGAAAUGAGUCUUGAGUGAGAAAGUUUGACCUACGAUCAUACCCCCCCAACAAGUUUGAGUCAUAAGCUUAAUGUUGUCAUUGCGUGCUAGGAAUAUGGGACCAAAUACAACACUUUUGACUACUUUAUCUUUACGGAUGACAAUUUUGACCCCUAACUUUGAGAUUUUUUUUAAUGACUUGACCUGUUGAGGCGAGGGGUCCCCCCCCCCGUUCCAGCAAAAGAUAAAAAUCACAAAAGCAGGAUUUAAAAAAAAAUCAAUCACUAACCUCUUGAAAAUCUUCAUCAGAUGACAGUCAUAUGACAUGUUACACAGUACAUUUAUGUUUUGUUCGAUAAUAUGCAUUUUAUAUCCAUAAAUCUCGGUUUACAUUGACGCCAUGUUCAGAAAAUCCUCCAAAAUAUCCGGAGGAAUUAUAGAAAGCUACGCCAGAUAACAGAAAUACUCAUCAUAAACUUUGACUAAAGAUACAUGUUCUACAUAUAAUUAAAGAUACACUGGUUCUUAAUGCAACCGCUGUGUCACAUUCUUUUUUAACGUUACGGAAAAAGCCUAACAUUGCAAUAAUCUGAGACGGCGCUCAGACGUAACAAUAUUUCUCCGCCAUGUUGGAGUCAACAGAAAUACAAAAUUACAACAUAAAUAUUCCCUUACCUUUGAUGAUCUUUCAUCAGAAUGUAGUGCAAGGAGUUCUAGUUCAACAAUAAAUAGUUUUGUUUCAUAAUGUUCAAUUCUAGUGUCCAAGUAGCAUCAUUUGCUACCACUUUCAGCUCCAAAUGCCCAAAAAAUGACUUCUGGUCCAGGAUAACUUUGCAUCAAAACUUCCAAAAGACAUAUUACAGGUUGAAGAAACUGGUCAAACUAAGUGCAGAAUCAAUCUUCAGGAUGUUAUAAUCAUAUAGAUCCAAUAGCAUUCCAACCGGAUCAUUCGUUUUCAUCUGGGGCUGAUUAGAACAGCCGAAGCACUCAAAGGCAAACGCGCCUCAACAAAAUGGAAUCCUUUUGCGACACCAACUACUUUCCUUCCCAUUAGGUCAAAGUUCACAGCAAAUGCUCCAUUACACUUUCUACUGAAUGAAGACAUCUAGUGGAAGACGUAGGAAGUGUUUCCAGAUCCAUAACUUGUUGGGAAGGGAGGGGGCGAUGACGUCAAAGUUGCCCCAACUUUCAGGAUUUCAAAACUUGUUUGGAAGAUUGCCUGCCCUGUGAGUUCUGUUAUACUCACAGACAUAAUUCAAACGGUUUUAGAAACUUCAGAGUGUUUUCUAUCCAAUAUUAAUAAUAAUAUGCAUAUAUUAGCAAUUUAGGACAGAUUUUGAUGCAGUUCACUAUGGGCACGCAAUUCAUCCAAAGUGGAAAUACUGCCCCCUAUCUCUAACAAAAUCUUAUUCUCUGAGAAAUUGUAUUAGUAUAAAAUAAUAAUUGCAUUCAUUAUUGCUCAUAUUUAUCAAGGGUGUCAAUAAUUUUGGACCCCACUGUAACCUAUGUGCCCACACUGGUCUUUGCACGUGCUCUCUAGCCAAAAGCUUGCAGAUAGAGUGCAGGUAGGCUACCGACAUGAUGAAUUUCCUAUUAUGGACAAAAGAGCAAGAUUAUUUUUACUUGUCAAACGGCAGCCAAGCAUCGAUCAUCAUGUCACCAGAAUAAGACUCAAUAUUUAUUGGAAAACAGCAUUAAGCUUAUCACCUUGCACUUUCUCCACCCUCAUAACUUAUUCCAUCUGUAGCAUAAUACACUCCAUGCUUUUCCGAGUCGUAGUGGGUGGUAGUCGUAGUGGGUGGGAGUCGUAGUGGGUGGUAGUGGGUGACCACACAUGUCAUUGUGUGACUCCAAGUUCGAUAUGAUGGUUAUUAUAUCAAUAUUUGCAUAUAAUUAAUUUUACUGACACAAAAAGAUCCCACCUUGUCUAGCAGAUUCUGUCGUGAAUAAUUUAAUUUUUCUGUCCCACAUGUACUUUACUCUCAUAAAAAAGUUAGUUGGAAACCUGGUUACUGUUGUCGAGUUUAUUCCCCAUCAAUAUAGGACCUUUAGCAACGUACAAGAAUUCCGGUAAGAGUAUACUGUUUGAUAUGUAAGUAUUGUACUGUAUGUAUAUCUGUUCCCUAAGUUAUAACCUUUUCAUUGACCAACAUGUAUUUAUGGACAUAUAACUAUAUCUCCGUACACUUUGGCUUUUGAUCAUGUUGAUGCUAGAGUUAGAUGCACUGCUGCUGAACAUUUCCGAAGGGGUUUGAGCAUUUUUCUUUGAGAAUAACCAAAAGUCACUAUUAACUGACAGCUUACCAAAAUCAUUUGCGAUUCCGUAAGCAUUGGUGGAUUGAUAGGAUUUAAUUGAAUUUUCAUACAAAUGGUUGUACCUAAUGUCUGCAUUAGGUCUAUGAGCCCUAAGUCCGUCACAUGUUUGACAAAUACUGUACAGUAGCAUAUAGAAUAUAUGCAAUGUGGUCCGUCCAAAGCUUAUUAAAAACACACUUCGAUGCUUUAUGCACUCCUGAAUCUAAAGUGUAAGCCUUAAAAGGACAUGAAAGUGGGAGAUUGUAUCAGGUAUUUAUGGCAAAACUACCUUUAGAGUUAAGUUUAUUCCAUCAUGAUGUUGCAUAAUUUGUUUGAUCUUGGUACUGUAUAUUAGAUCAUGUUCAGGGUAAUGUCAGCUUUUUCUUGGGAUAUUCCAUCCUCUGGCCUAUGUUUUUAAAUGGUGUUCAAUGCUCAGGACAUGAGCUCCAUUGGUGUGUUUUCAACUUUGUGGCAACAGUUUGGGGAAGGUCAAUACAGAAAUGGUUUGUUGAGAUUGGUGUGGAAGAACUCCAUAUUAAUGCCCAUGAUUUUGGAAUGAGAUGUUCAAUGAGCAGGUGUCCACAUUAGACACGUCGUGUAUAAACGCAACAUGUAAUAAUUUCAAAGAUUUGAAUGAGUUACAGUUGUUAUAAGGAAAUCAGUCCAAUUGAAAUAUAUUCAUUAGGCCCUAAUCUAUGGAUUUCAAAUGGGAAUACAGAUAUGGAUCAGAAAACCAAGAAACUGUCGUCGGAAUUGUGGGUGCCGAAUGAUUUCCUAGUAGCCUGCUGAUAUUGUUUGGCACUGCCAAAGCUUUAAUAUGACAGCUGCAAUGCAAUAGGAAUAUAAGGCUUUAAGCAGGGCUAAGGGUUGUAUUUCAUGUUGUAUUUAGGAAUGCAUGCACUACACUGGAGCAGUUAAAUUGGAGCAGAAACCGUUCUUACCUGAAUUAGGUACCGAUUUGUAAAACAUGAUUCUUUUAUAGUGUAAACACUCCUUUCAUAUGGAGUUUUAAUGUUAGGAGCGGGUAUAGUCCUUACAUUUGCCAGAUGGGAGUUUUUUAUUUCCCCCCCCCCUUUUUUUUUUCUAACACCAAGUGCUUUUGAAACAACCUUUUAUUUGUCAUCAAUGGCUGAUGUCACUUGCCAGAUAUGUACCAGUAAGGAUUCUGCCCAUAGACAAAGUACAGUUCUAUUUCAAAUAUAUUGUUUCGAUAUCUCACAAUGGCCGUUGUCUUAGAUGGAUUCUCUAAUGGAAGAACCAAUCACAGCAGAGCUAUUGAGCCUGCUGCUGCUGCUACAUUUCGGCCUUUCCCAGAGGCCGACAGUGGGGAAGCGGUCCGUCGCUGCGACCGCAUCGAGGUCCCGCCCACCUGGAGGGAAGGAGGGGCGUCUGACCUAGGGGUACGUGCCCGGCGGUAGAGGCAGCCAACAGAUCACUAUGGGGCAGAGGCACAUCUCUACUCCUAAAACCCUACCACUCGUGCAGCGGUGCACUUCUAUGCAUCUGCUCACAGGGACCACUGGUGAGCAAGAGUCAUCUGACUUGUGAGUAACUCGCUGCAGGAAACUGGCGAGCAUGUGCAGUCAAUGCCCGCCCUAUUCUGGAUCUACGGAUCCUCAACAGAUUUCUGAGAAAGUCCAUAUUCUGUAUGCUUACGCUCAACGUGCUGUCUCGCUCUGUUGAGGCGACUGGUUCAUUUCAGUAGAGACCGUAAGAGAAAGACAGAUUGGAGAGCUGUUUGUACCGGAUUCGAACCCACGCCAGCGGCCCUAACUGCUAGGCUGUCGCAGGACGCUUAUUUUCACAUAAGUAUUCUGCCGACACACAGGAGGUUUCUCAGGUUCGCCUUUCAAGGCAAAGCUUCCGAAUACCUCGCUGUUCUCUUCGGGCUAGCGUUGGCUCCCUGAACGUUCAAGUGUGUAGAGGCGGCGCUAGCACCCCAGAGGGGUUAAAAGUAUCCUCUUACAUAGACCAUUACCUGCUUUGCUCCCCUACACAGAAGCAAGCGGUACUAGACAGGUCUUCACCGAGCUAGGGUUCAAGGUCAACCAGAAAAAGAGCUGUUUGGUGCCCACUCAGAGAAUAGAAUACCUUGGCGUCAAGCUGGAUUCUCUCUUAUCGGGCUACACUAUUGGACGGCCACGCUCAAAACAUGUCUCCGAGUUGUUGGGUUGAUGGCGUCCACCUCAGUAGUACCACUAGGACUACUGAGAAUGACACUUCCAGAGUUGGGUAAAAACUGUCAACGUUGGCACCUCAAUCGAAAGGUGAAGGUUUCCACGGGCUGUCUCUCAGCUCUCCGUCACUGGAAGAUCCCCUCAAUCUUCUUUUCAGGCACCCCCUUAGGGGUAGUGUCAUCGAGGAAGGAGGUGACGACAGAUGCAUCAGUCAAAGGAUGGGGGCGCAGUUCACGAGGGAAGAGCAAUAAACAGACUGCGAUCCCCACAGCUCUGCCACGCUCAUAUAAAUUACCUCAAACUGCUGAGUGUUUCAUUUUAAAUGGUCACAUCCUGGUCAGAACAGACAAUAUUACUGGAGGCAUACAUCAACCACCAGGAUGGCACUUUCUUGCUGUGCUUACACAGACUGCCAAGAGUAUUCUGUGGAGCAGUGCACAUCUCUCAUUAUGCGUGACUCAUGUCCCGGGUGUACUGAAUGUGGGAGCAGACUUGUUGUCCAGGGGGAAUCCCAGAUCUGGGGGAGAGUUACCGUAGAUCGCUUCACAGAAAGACACGUUGUCCCUUGGCCAAGAGUGUUGCUCUAUGCUUUCUCUUCUAUGCUUGAUCCUCCCCUCUCUGAACAGAGUGAGGGAACAAGGCUUAUCUCUGAUCUUGAUAGCCCCUCGAUGGCCAGGAAAGCUCCGGGUAGCAAAGCUCGCUUUACGACGAGCCCUGGCAACUACCAUUACGCAAGGGAUCUACUGACCCAAGCGAACAGAGAGAUUUUCCACCCUUACCCGGAAACCAUGACCCUCACUGUAUGGGAACAAGUGGUGCGUAUUUGAGGUGGUGUGACCAGAAACUGAAUUCCUUACCAAUGCUCUGUAUCCAAGGUUUUAUGCUUCUUGCAGGAUUUUAGACGGAGGGGAGGCAUUCUCCACUGUUAAGGUUUAUUUAGCUGUCAUAUCUGCCUGUCGUAUAGACUUCAACAAUCACACAGUAGGGAAACGCCCGCUUAUGUUUUAUGAAGAGAGUGCGUCGUUUAUGCCGUCGCCAAGCCUUUAACUCAGUCUUGGUACUUUGCUUGAGGCAAUUUCCCAGCAGUUGCUGGAAAGUGUGGAGAUGAAAUAUCUCUGCCCAAAACGAGUGAGUUGCAUGCACUGUCAGUUCAACAUUCAUGCCUACAGUUUUCCCCAGGGUUAUCCAAGGUAACACUGUAACUCAACCCUGCUUUCAUGCCUAAGGUCAGCAGCAAUUACAAUUGUCCAGUCUUGGGAGUUUAUGGCUUUCCACCCGCCGCCCUUCACUUCUAUGGAAGAAGAGCAUCUCCACCGUUUGUGUCCAGUACGAGCUUUGAACAUCUAUUCUGAACAGAAAUAUAAAGCGCAACAUGCUAAAAAUAUAAGGAAAUCAGUCCAUUUAAAUAAAUUAACUAGGCCCUAAUCUAUGGAUUUUACAUGACUGGGCAAGGGCGCAGCCAUUGGUGGGCCUGGGAGGGCAUAGACCUCAUGCUGUUUAAUCAGCUUCUUGAUAUGCAACACCUGUCAAGUGGAUGGAUUAUCUUGGCUAAGGAGAAAUGCUCACUAACUGGGAUGUAAACAAAUGUGUACAAUUUUAAAUGAAGAAGCUUUUUGUGCGUAUUGAAUGUUUAUGGGAUCUUUUAUUUCAGCUCAUGAAACCAACACUUUAUAUGUUGCAUUUAUAUUUUUGUUCAGUAUACUUGGAUAGAACGAGAGCAUGGUAAGAGUGACCAACUCUCCAUCUCCUAGGUGCCCCCCCCUGCAAGAGGGCCCCUCUCUUGUCAACGACUCCCAUAGUGGAGGCUAUUAUAAUAGCAAGGGUUUGCAGCCCCCUGGGGGCUUGAAGGCUCAUUCCACUAGCUCUUGGGCACUGAUUAAGGGCAUUUGUUUGCAAUACUGCACGUUGGGCCACCCCUCAUACAUUUGAGGUUUUAACAGCUGGAUGUUUCUGCUCCUUCGUUGGUGCAUACUGUCCUCCGUGUUGGUGCCUCAGGGGUGAUAUUGUUGGGACUAGUCUGGCUUCGGAGAGCAAGUGGGCAAUCUAUAUCCCCAUUGUGAGAAAGUGAAGUGAUAUAUUUGAAAUAGAACUUGGGGUUACUUACGUAACCGAGAUUACGAAGUUACAUUUACGUCAUUGUGAGUGACUAGACUAAACACGAUUGCACUGCAUUUAAACACAUUUUCCAGCGAUAAUUCCAUGUCUGAAUGUCUGUGGUUGUACUUCACCUCUCAAACAACUGACUUGUCAUUUUUUUAUGUUGUACUCAAAUUUGAUUGAAUAUUAAAAUAUAUUUCUUAUUUCUACUGUAUAA